GUGACAGCUUUGGUAGCGCGUCGUGAAUUCUUGAACAAUCAAGCUAAAGCCCAAAUUGAAAUUUUUAAAAUGCAUACCAUCAGUGCUUGUGCCUUUGUCCUCUGCGCCUUUGUGCUCGUAUCUAGCUGCUUCGCGGCGCCUUUGGAUGACUCGAAGUCGGCCCAGGUGUUGCGCUACGAUAAUGAUAACAUCGGCGUCGGCGGCUACAAUUUCGCCUAUGAGACAAGCGAUGGAGUCUCACGUCAGGAGCAGGGAGAGCUGAAGAAUGUCGGCACCGAACAGGAAGCGCUCAGUGUGCGCGGUACCAUCAGCUGGGUGGCGGCCGAUGGCCAGACCUACUCGCUCAACUAUAUUGCCGACGAGAACGGCUUCCAGCCACAGGGCGAACACUUGCCACACAACUAA